AUGGCCUUGCAAGCCUUCGCCAGCGCGGCGUCCGCGCAGGUCCAGCCGAGCUGCGAUGGUAGCUGCGAGGCUGCUGCUGAGGCGGCGGAACGCCCGACCAGCGUGCUCUCGCCGAGGCAGCGUGCUGAAAUGCCAGCAGGCAGUACCCCGUCCACUGACAGCAUCGUUUCGUAUGUUUCUUUCAGGAUUGCCUUCGGCGCAGAAGAAGCUUACUGUUGGGAGCCCGGGCGGCUCUUCUACUCACAGAUACCCCGAGGGCUGGAUCUGCGCAUUCAUGAGAUGCUUCAGCCAAUCUUCUCGCACAUCAACAGAGAAGACCACGCAGAGCGCUCCGCCCUGCUCCACUUGACUCGCGCCUUUCUGAAACGCAGCGGCUGGCAGGCAAGCGACGAUUGCGCUGGCUGGCUGCGCUUGUACAUAUCACACUUUCCGUGCAUCUCCUGUGUGGCUGUUAUUUGCCAGUUCGUGCGCUUCUUCCCUGCGGUUAGACUCGAGCUUGACUUCGACAACAUGUGGAAGACACGCUUCGAGCCUGCGGAUCAGCGGGGUGCCGACCGCUUCCUUGCAGAGGGUGGUCUUGCAGGGCGUCGCCUACGGAUUGAGCAGGGCUUCUAUGAGUGGUAG